GAGCCGGCACGCGCGCGUCCUCGCAGCUCGCGCACCGGGCUCCCUCUUUGCUGCUGGGCAGAGCGGGGCCCCCGAGCUCAGUGGACUCGGGCAGGGGAGCCGGGCCGCUCCGGCUGGGUCUGCAGGACGUGGCGCCCGAGACGCCGAGUCCCGCGCUGCAGCGAGGCCCGAGUGAGGGACCGCCCCGCACCACCAUGCCCAACUUCUCUGGCAACUGGAAGAUCAUCCGGUCCGAAAACUUCGAGGACUUGCUUAAAGUCCUGGGGGUGAAUGUGAUGCUGAGGAAGAUCGCGGUGGCGGCCGCGUCCAAGCCCGCAGUGGAGAUCAAGCAGGAGGGAGACACCUUCUACAUCAAAACCUCCACCACCGUGCGCACCACCGAGAUCAACUUCCAGAUCGGCGAGGAGUUUGAGGAGCAGACGGUGGAUGGGAGGCCCUGCAAGAGCCUGGUGAAGUGGGAGAGCGAGAAUAAAAUGGUCUGUGAGCAGAGGCUCCUCAAGGGCGAGGGCCCCCGGACCUCCUGGAGCAGAGAACUGACCAACGACGGCGAGCUCAUCCUGACCAUGACCGCCGAUGACGUCGUGUGCACCAGGGUCUACGUCCGAGAGUGAGAGGCCCAGGAUUGCUGGGGCCUGAGCCUGCCACCAGCCUCACCCCUGCUCAGUGCCCCACUGCCCCCUCCCGCCCCCUCUAGCCUAGUCCCCCCUCACCCCGGCUGCUCCUGGGCCCGCAGACUCGGCUGCAGGGGCUCAGCUCUCCAGCCCUCUCUGCCCUUCCCCUCUGCCCACCAGGAAGGAUGCCAGGUGCCCAGAGCAGCCCUUCAGAGCACCCUGCCCCCCCAGCCCCGCCCCAGCCAAGUCUUUCUUUCCUGGAAGAGUUCCUGGGGGCCCGCACACCGGCCCUCAGCGUCCCCUCAUUGUCCUUCCAACCUGUGCCAUGUAGAAUAUUUAUUGGGUUAUUUUAUUAAAACAUUCAA